AUGUCCCUGUACCUCCUCGCAGUCCUCGUAGUAGUCGCCGAAUCACAGUACACAUUGGAUCCUGGAGUUCUGGACAAAAUCUUCAAUAACAAUCUUGGCUACCCUAAAGUCAUCACCGUCAAGUUAAAGGAAGGUGUCACUUCAUACGUGGACACGGAAGGUCGACAAUACGUCUGUAUCCCACAGUACCCUUCAGAUCCCAACAUCAGUGCGGAUGAAAUGAGUAACUCUAGCGUGACGGGGUGUGGAGUAUUGCAAGUCAGGAGUAGCGGCGAAAACGACGACCCAUGCACGCCAAUUUUGGAUUCGCUCUGUACAAUGCUGAUAGAGUCAAUGACUCCUAAACCACGACCGACUAAGAUCAGGGGAUGCGGCUACAGAAACCCGAAAGAAUUAGGAAUUCCGUCUAAAACUUCAGGCACCCAGUUUGGUGAGUUCCCGUGGGUGAUUGCUUUGCUGAACUCCACGGACCAAAGAUACGUUGGCGUCGGAGCCCUCAUCAGUCCUGAAGUUGUGAUCACCACCGCUCAUGUUGUAUGCAGAUUUUGUCCAAACUCGCUCAAGAUUCGAGCUGGAGAAUGGGAUAUGAGUAAGUCAACAGAGAUCUACGGUCACCAGGACAGGAAUGUGAAGGAAAUUUACAUUCUUAAUGAGUUUAAUAGGACAAAUCCGAGACACAAUAUUGCUCUCAUACGUCUGGAACAGCCGCUGGACCUGACUGAUCACGUUAACGUCGUCUGUCUGCCGGAGCAGGACGAGGUUUUUGAUAGGUGCAAGAACUGCAUCGCCAACGGAUGGGAUAAGACUGCUCCUGGACCAAAAACUCAGCACUCUUCUAUUCUCAAGAAAGUGCAAAUCGACAUCAUUCCUUACACUCGCUGCUCCACGUUGCUGAAGAGGACCAGACUAGGAUCUAACUUCAGACUGCAUUCCAGCUUCAUUUGUGGUGGUGGGGCAGAAAGCAAGAACACGUGCCAGGGUGAUGGUGGCGCCCCAUUGGUCUGUCCCAUAGGCAACGACAGAUACAAACUGACAGGUCUCGUCUCCUGGGGCAUCGGUUGUGGACAAAAGGCUACCCCAGCGCUGUACACCAAUGUGCCAAAGUACAGACAAUGGGUGGACAAGAAAAUGGAGAACUGGGGUUUGGAAACCUUGUGGUAUAAAAUCGACAAUAGUUAA